AUGGCUUCCAUCAGUUACACUACACAAGGCUUCAUCCUCCUCCUAGCUGCUGCUUCUCUAUUGGCAGUGAGCGAGGCCAAAACCAUUGUCGUCGGAGGGAGUGAAGGAUGGCGUUUCGGCUUCAACUACACAGAAUGGGUCCUCCAGAACAGCCCUUUCUACAUUAACGACGAACUGGUUUUCAACAAGGCCAAGAUAUUGGCCGGUCCAAACCAGGGAGCCGACGAGGGCUUCAAAGUGGAGCUUAACCAGUGGAGGCCUUACUACUUUGCCAGCGGUGACAAAGAUGGCUACGAUUGCAAGGACAGACUCAUGAAGCUCUUCGCUGUGCCACUUCUGCAUUGGAACAACUGA